UAUUAUAAAUUUAUGUAUAUUUAAUGUUAAAUUUCGGAGGUUAUUAAUGUUUUUUUAAGCAACUAAUAGCCAUAAUUUUAAAAAAAAUGUAUAAUUUUAUUCAAAAUGUAAUAAUUAACUAAAGGCAAACAACCAAUAUAUAUUAUUUAAACAAUUUAAUUACCCAGACAGUAAAUACUCAUCAGCAUAUAUGGUAUUUAAGUACUUACGGUGAUCUAAGUGAAUUUUUGUUUUCCAUACAUUGAGCUUAGUUUUAAGACUCGUUGACAGUAGUACUGCUGAAUAACGGUGAUCAAAAUGACGCAAGUUUUGGAGGAUUUUCCAUCUGGUCCUUUGGAUUAUUAUAGGAAGAAGGCCAGUUUUGAUUGGAAAACGAUGAAAAUGCAGUUUUUUGGCGAAGAAGAAGUGGUUUACAUGGAAAACUUGUAUAAGGAAUUAAAGAAAUAUCCAGAGUUCCUGCCCACGGAUAAACCACGAUCGUUUGAUGAAGAACGACGUAACACGUACAGACAACAGGCCAUUAUCAGAGCUAAUCAGGACAAACUGUAUAGUACAAAAUUUAGUCCCUUUACUCAAUACGUUCCGGCAGCCAUGGUCAAAAUGGGACUCACUGUCAAACUAUUUUCGGGAGUUUUAGAAAAAUUGGGAAGCGAACGUCAUGCAAAACUUGUUCAAGAGUGUGAAGAAGGAAGGAUAAGUGGUGCAUUUUGCCUAACUGAAAUCGGCCAUGGAACGAACGUGAAAGGAAUGAGAAUAGUAGCAACUUACGAUAAGCAAACCAAGAAGUUUAUCAUACAUACACCUGACUUCGAAGCAGCCAAAUGUUGGGCAGGAGGUUUAGGAAACGCUGCUACCCACGUCAUUUUAUACGCCCAACUGUACGUUAAUAACAAACACCAUGGUCUUCAAAUGUUCGUGGUACCCAUAAGGGACCCAGACACUUUACUACCUUAUCCAGGAGUAACAGUAGGAGACAUGGGUGAAAAAAUUGGAUUAAAUGGGAUUGACAAUGGUUUCUUGCUCUUUAACAACUACAAAAUUCCAAGGGAGUUCUUGUUAAAUCGCACCGGUGACGUUAAAGAAGACGGUACUUAUACCACCCCCUUUAGUUCAGAAUCAGAACGUUUUGGGGCCUCAUUGUUGGCCCUUUCAGCCAGCAGGGUUGAAGUCAUUGGUCAAUCUGAGACCUUUGGUGCUUGGGCUUUGACCACGGCCAUUAGAUAUUCUGGAGUGAGAAAGCAGUUUGGACCUGGAGACCAGGAGAUUCCUGUGUUAGAAUAUCAAACUCAACAAUAUAGGCUGAUUCCGUACCUAGCAGCUGCCUACGUCUAUAAACACUUUACAAGGCACAUUCAUGCAGAGUUUAUGAGGAUGGUGAACGAUUUUGAUAAUGAGUCAAUAUCUUUAUUGGCAAUUGAAGUUCAUAUCAUUACAUCAGCGGCUAAGCCACUGUCUGGAUGGGUUAUGAGAGAUGCUAUUCAGUCUUGCAGAGAAGCUUGUGGUGGACAUGGAUAUCUUAAAGCUUCUGGUAUUGGGGAUUUAAGAGGUCACCAAGACGCCACGCUCACCUAUGAAGGCGAGAACUGGGUUUUAAAUCAGCAAACUAGCAACUUUUUGCUCAAAGUUUGGCCAGAAGUGAUGUCAGGUGUUGAAGUUAAUUCACCACUAGGUUCUGUGAACUUUUUAAACAAUGCCAAGGAUAUUUUGAGGUUUAAGUUUACUGUCGGAAGUGCUGAAGAGCUUUGUAGACCAGAAAGUAUUUUGCAGAUCUACCAAUGGUUGACAUGCUACCUAAUAGAACUGACUACUAAUAAAAGACAAGAUAGGAUGGACAAAGGUGAGAGCAAAUUUGAUUCCAGAAAUAACACUCAGGUGUAUUAUGCCCAAAAGUUGAGCAUAGCAUACUUCAUGCACUAUUUGCUGGAAAAGUUUGUGGAAAAAAUAGAGCAAACCACUGAUCCAGCAACAAAAGCUGUGCUGCAAAAAAUGUUUGCCCUCUAUGGACUAUUUCAACUGGAAAAGUUCAUAAGCAUUCUGUACCAAGGAGGUUAUGCUUCAGGCGAACAACCAGCUAUACUAAUUCAAGACAGCAUUACAGAUUUAUGCUCACAGUUGAAGAAUGAUGCUGUAGCUUUAGUAGAUGUUCUAGCUCCUCCUGAUUUUAUUUUAAAUUCGAUUUUGGGAGCUUCAGAUGGACAGGUAUAUCAUCGUUUACAACAUGCCGUCUUUAAUUCACCUUAUGGCGUAAGCAGACCGUCCUGGUGGACAGAUAUUGUUAACUGGAAAGCUAUCGGUGCCAAAACGCAAUCAAAACUGUAAUUUUAUUAUUAUUUUUUGUUACAACUUUUAUAUAAUAAACUGUAUUUAUUUGUAUAA